AUGCGAGUGGCUGACAAGAGAGAGGCGAAAAGAAGACAUAUAAGAAGUAAGAAACAUGGGAAGAGGUCCAAAAAUUCGAUUAAGUCUGAGCGUCACAUAGAUAAUGAAGAGAAGAAACACAAAGCAAAAUGCAAAAUAUGUCUUAGUGACACACAUCGGACUAAAACCUGUCCUCGAUCGCUAUGUAAAGAUUGUGGCAUGAUGAGAGGCCGUCAUGUGGACUUUGGCAAAAGUAAAAUAUGCAACAAUGUCUCAGUGAGGCAUUAUAGCUCCAGUAUAGAGGAUGAAAUGGAAAGUGUUCAAUGUGAAAAUUGUGGGCAAAACGGACACAAAAAGAAUCGGUGUGAUAAAAUUUGGAGGAAAUAUUUGAUGAAGAGAAAGACGGAAAUGUCAAAUGAAAAGAUGAUCCCAUUGCAUACCAUUUUUUGUUAUCGUUGUGGCAGUAAAGGACACUAUGGGGAUGAUUGUACAAAAAGACAGAACAAUUCACCCAGAGUUGUAAGUGCAUUCUCAGGAAAAAAUCUGACACGCAACUUAAGUGAAAUUUACUACAGUUUUAUAGAGGAAAUAAAAUCGUCGGACCUUUGGAAUAAAGAUAUCGACGACAUAAAUCAUUUAGUGAAGAAUGAAUACACACGAUCACUGCGGCCCUCCAAAGUAUCGUUUUAUCCUCCACCAUAUAAAAAUAUGAGAAGGCCGAGUUUAUAG